CUAGCGUAUUUGCGGCGAGCAGCCUGGUGCCCUCCUCACUUUGUCGCAUCUCUUCUAUCUCCAACUCCCGCGCAAAAGUUCAGACGAAGCCACCAGAGGCUCUUUAUUGAGACCACAAGGCUACCUGUUCAUUCCACCCAUCUUUUCUGUACUUGUUUUACUUGGGGGUUGUUGCGGGCUUUUAUCCAAGUCUUUAUUUCUCUCUUUUUCACGUGAAUAAUCAUCUCGCGUGACUCAAGCCUUCUGUCGCUUUCGCUUCACGAUCAUUCACUUAGGCUUCGCGACUGCAAAUGGCCUGUCUAAGUUGGAAGCCCUUAUGAAGUCGUCUCCUACUAUCGGCGCAUCGAAUUGAUUGCGCCUAGCCGACCUCUGCUAGUGACUUGCACGCCAGGCUUGCCUGAGCAUGUCCUCCAACAUGGACGCUUCUCAGAAGAUCGAUGUCUAUGCGGCCAGGCUCACAGAUCCAAAGACUGACACGCGGACAAAAUCGAAUGUAGCCACCGACCUCCGCGAUUCGAUCGAGAACCUGUGUUCCCCGCCGGCCAUCUAUACCAAAUUCCUGUCCAAACUCUGGCCUGUGUUCAAAAAGAUACUAGAAGGAAAACCUGAUUUCAGCCCAAUUUCGUUCGAACAUGUCCUCCGAAACCAAAUACUGGAGAUCCUACACCGACUUCAACAUGCCCCUUCAGAAAUUGAACCCUAUGCUCUGGAGAUGGUGGAAACCCUGAUGGAGUUGGUGCGGGUGGAGAAUGAGGACAAUGCGGUGCUCUGCUUGAAAACGAUUAUGGAUCUCGAACGACAUCAGCCGACGGCCACUGCCUCCAAGGUGCAGCCAUUUCUGGAUCUCAUCCAGGAAAUGUUCGAGAUGAUGGAACAGGUGGUUCGCGACACAUUUGACUCGCCAGUACCUCAUCCACAGGCUUCAUCUUCGACACCCAACCCUACAGGCCAGACGUUUCAGUCUCCUCGACCUGGUUCCCCAGCAACUACGGUAUCCGAUCCUGGCAAUGACAAAAAGGAUCACACCCCGCUUGCAAAAGGCAUGCAUUCCUUCAAGGUGUUAUCGGAGUGUCCUAUCAUAGUGGUCUCCAUCUUCCAAGCACACCGGAGCUCGGUCGCGGCCAAUGUUAAGAAGUUUGUCCCAUCGAUCAAGGGCAUCCUUUUGUUGCAGGCCAAAGCACAGGAAAAGGCACAUUCUGACGCGGCUGCCAACAAAACGAUAUUCACGGGAGUCAGUAAAGAGAUCAAGAACAGGGCCGCUUUUGGUGAUUUCAUCACUGCUCAGGUCAAGACCAUGAGUUUUCUGGCAUACCUCUUACGAGUCUAUGCACAUCAGCUGACGGACUUCUUGCCAACGCUUCCUGGCGUCGUAGUCCGUCUACUCAAAGACUGCCCCCGGGAAAAGUCAGGUGCUCGCAAGGAACUGUUGGUGGCGAUCCGGCAUAUCAUUAACUUUAACUAUCGCAAGAUCUUUCUCAACAGAAUCGACGAGCUUUUGGAUGAACGAAUUCUGAUCGGAGAUGGCCUCACCGUAUACGAGACGAUGCGUCCUUUGGCGUACAGCAUGCUUGCGGAUCUGAUCCACCACGUCCGAGAUUCACUCGAUCGAAAUCAGAUCCGGCGGACGAUCGAAGUAUACACCAAAAAUCUCCAUGACAACUUCCCAGGCACCAGUUUCCAGACCAUGAGUGCGAAGCUACUCUUGAACAUGGCAGAGAGCAUCACCAAGCUGGAGAACAAGGAAGAUGCAAGAUACUUUCUCAUAAUGAUCCUGGACGCCAUUGGGGAUAAGUUCGCCACAAUGAACUAUCAGUACCACAAUGCUGUGAAACUCAGCAAAUUAUACGGGGACAAGGCCAAGGAGACUCAAGUCGAAACCUACAUGGACGAGAAAGACGAAAUACCCGAUUGGGAUGAGGUGGACAUCUUUAACGCGACACCCAUCAAAACCUCAAAUCCUCGGGAACGUGGCACCGACCCUGUCAACGACAACAAGUUCUUAUUCAAAAACCUUGUCAACGGCCUGAAGAACAUGUUUUAUCAGCUCAAGACAUGCAACCCUCCCGGACUCAACGUUGAUCAAGCCAGCAUCCCCAUGAACUGGGCAGAGGUCUCGUUCGGCUACAAUGCGGAAGAGACGCGUGUAAUCACCAAACUUUUCCACGAAGGUGCCCGAGUGUUUCGCUACUACAGUGCCGAAAGUCCUGUACCUGAUCUACAGUAUUCUUCUCCGGUGGAUUUCAUGGCAAGUCAUUCGAUGGCGCAAAUGACACGUGAGGAAAAGGAACUGCUGGAAAGCUUUGGGACCGUUUUCCACUGCAUCGAUCCUGCCACAUUCCACGAAGUUUUCCAAGCCGAAAUACCCUAUCUGCACGAACUCAUGUUCGAACACACUGCGCUGCUUCACCUUCCGCAAUUCUUUCUGGCUAGCGAGGCGACGUCCCCCGCAUUUGCUGGAAUGGUCCUCCAGUACUUGAUGGACAAGCUGCCGGAAGUUGGCUCAUCCGACAUUGUACGAUCGUCAAUCCUGCUGAGAAUGUUCAAGUUGUCCUUUAUGGCCGUCACACUCUUUUCCGCCCACAAUGAGCAGGUCUUGCUGCCUCACAUCACCAAGAUCAUCACCCAGUGUGUACAACUCUCCGUGACAGCAGAAAAGCCUAUACACUACUUUAUCUUGCUUCGUUCGUUAUUCAGAAGCAUCGGCGGAGGGCGAUUUGAGCUUUUGUAUAAAGAGAUACUUCCUCUCCUUGAGAUGCUACUGGAAACUUUCAACCACUUGCUUCAAGGGGCGCGGGAUCCACACGACCGUGAUCUCUACGUUGAGCUCACGUUGACCGUGCCCGCUAGGCUGAGCCACCUGCUGCCACACCUCAACCACCUGAUGAGGCCGCUGGUAGUAGCUCUCCGGGCGGGACCUGACCUCGUCGGUCAAGGACUUCGCACCCUUGAACUGUGUGUCGACAACCUGACUGCAGAUUAUCUCGACCCAAUCAUGGCCCCGAUCAUGGAUGAGCUGAUGACCGCAUUGUUCGAACAUCUCAAGCCGCAACCGUAUCAACAUUUUCACUCUCAUACAACAAUGAGAAUCCUUGGGAAGCUUGGUGGCCGAAAUCGGAAGUUCUUGAAUCAUCCUCAUCAACUGACAUUCAGACGGUACACGGAUGACGAGCCAAGUUUCGACAUCAGACUGAUCGAGACGAGCCGGGAUCGAGCCUUUCCCCUGGAUACGGGUGUCGACCUUGCAAUUAGAAAGCUGAGUGAAACAAGCAAAACUGCAUCUGUGAAAUCAUUGGAUCUGUACUACAAGCAACAGUCUUUCAAAUUGAUAACCAACCAGGUAAAGAUGUUCCUUGGCCCAGAUCAUCUACCCGAGGACUUUGCGGCACUUCUUCGACUGCAGGCGAAUGAUCUGCUUGCACGGCGCUUUUCCACCUACGCUGACAUGCUGGCGGACAAUGAAUCCGGCAAGUCUGUGCAGAAGCGACGUGAAGAGGAAGAGAAUUUGAAGACGCUAUUGAAGGCAUGCUUCACCACGACGACAAUUCCUGAUCUAAAGGCUCAAGCCGACGCAUUCAUCUUGAACAUUUCUCGCCAUUUCACCAUCAUUGAACUUGGUCAAGCCUUGUGCGAUGCUGGCCGGAAGACGAAAGAAUUUGAUGUCAACCUUAGCGAAGGCGCUGUUCAUCUCAGCACCCGGACCUUGGCUGAUGUCAUCUGUCACUGCCUCGCUUCAGACAAUAUUACAGUGCGUGAAGCUGCUGAAGCCUCCUUGUUUGCUGUGGUAGACACAGCUCGCGUCAUCUUUGGCAGUGAAGAGAAGGCUGCUCGACUUCCCUUCUUCUCCCACCUCAUCUCUACAUUUUGUCAUCGGUGCCGCGAGGUCGAGUGGUUUACCAAGGCCGGUGCGACACUGGGCAUUCAGCUCAUAGUGACCAAGCUGGCCUUGGGUCAGGCUUUCCUGAACAGCAAGCAACUCGAGAUCAUCAAGGCGCUACUAUUCGUCAUCAAAGAUACUCCGCAGGAAGUCCCUGCCAGUACACGGUUGACAGCUCAGGAGACGCUAGAGUUCAUCUUGCGGAAGGUAUGCGCCGGCCAGACUAGGGAAAUGCUUGUGAAUGAGAAAAGCACCAUUCAUGCGCUCUCUGUGACGUUCUGUGUCGAGCUGUCGCAUAUGAACCGGUUCGCCCGAGAGACCGCACAGCGGGCAUUCUCAAUCAUGGCAGAAGUCGUGGAUGUGGAAGUUCACGAGUUGAUCGCUCCUGUCAAGGAAAGACUUUUACAACCCAUCUUCAACAAGCCACUACGAGCACUACCGUUCCUCUCACAAACUGGAUUCAUUGACGCCAUUACCUAUUGUAUCGGUCUGGGACAUGAUAUCGUGCCUCUGAACGACCAGUUGAAUCGCUUGAUGAUGGAGUCGCUCGCGCUUGCCGACGCCGAUGCCGAGAUCCUGCAUCCGAAGCCGGACGAAUACAACAAUGCUCAGCUCAUUGUCAACCUGCGCGUUUCGUGCCUGAGACUCCUUUCGCUUGCUAUGAGCUUGCCAGAUUUCGCGAAUGGACCUCAAAACACGAGCAGGGCUCGAAUUAUCACUGUCUUCUUCAAACUUCUCUACUCAAAAUCGUCCGAGAUUAUCGAUGCCGCCAAUGCCGGCUUGGAGAAGGUCCUGGUCCAGACGGCUAAACUGCCCAAAGACCUCCUGCAGAAUGGCUUAAGGCCAAUUCUGAUGAACCUCCAAGACUCUAAGAGAUUGACCGUAGCUGGACUCGAAGGACUCGCUCGCUUGCUGACUCUGCUUACUAACUAUUUCAAAGUUGAGAUAGGCGCUCGACUGCUUGAGCAUAUGAAGGUCAUUGCGGACGAACAGGUGCUUCAGAAAGUUUCAUUCGGGCUGAUUGAACAGAAUCCGCAGAUGAAGAUUGUUACCGCAAUCUUCAAUAUAUUUCAUCUUCUACCCCCGGCCGCAACGAGCUUCAUGGCGGGUCUGGUAGACAGUGUUCUCGACCUGGAGUCGAAGCUUCGUCGCACUGUCGCCAGCCCCUUCCGCUACCCACUGAUCCUCUACCUGGACAAGUAUCCUCAAGAGACGUGGACGUUCUUCCAGUCACGCCUGCAAGACGAAAAAUAUGGGCGGUUCUUCGGCCAAAUCCUGGCCUCAGAAUUCAGUCCCAACUUGCGCAAAUUCAUGAUGGACGAGGCCGAAGCCUUGAUUACCGCUGCUUUUGAGGUUGAAGAGGAUCAAGAAAAGAAUACUGCCGCCAUCAAUGGCAUUCAUAUUGUCCAUUCUAUCUGCCAGUUCGACGCCGCUAAGAGCUGGCUUCGCGAACAAGAGCCGCUCCGAACCAGAAUUUUGAGUGCCGGUCAAGAACUUGAAGGACAGCUGCGUAGGGAUGAACUGCAGCCCACGCAACGCUUGCGGGUCGAACAGACAGGGGACCAAGUCAUGGAUAUUUUGACUCUUUACUUGGAGGCAGCGCCAGAAGAUCUCGAUUUCAUGAUGGCAGUCUUCUCUGCUUCUUCCCAAGAGAAUUUGAAGACUCCACUGAGGUUGACGAGAUACCUCUUUGACUCCAUCAUUACAGACGAAUCCACCGAACGUAGGUUCAAUGUCAUCGAGAAAAGCCUCGAAACAUACGCCCAGAAAGCAGAGAGCCAGAAGGUAAAGACCUUCCUGCUGCACAACGUUGUCAAUCCUAUCAUGGCAAGAGACGUGCAAAACACGCGACAGGAAGACAACAAGGCUGGCAACAUGGCAGAACCGAAAUUGUUCAAUCUUUUCCUUGAGCGACUUUGGAAACCCGCCGCCUCUGAAGUGGGCAAUGAGUCGUCACAACCCGGCAUCGAUCAUUCUCGAAUGGAGGCGCUGCAGCUUUCAGCAUUCAUCUUGAAGUAUCACAAGGACGCUGUCUCAGAAGACCGCAAAGACAUUAUCAAGUAUUCGUGGGCGCAUAUCAAACUGGAAGAUGUGAUCAACAAAUAUGCUGCGUAUGUCCUCAUCUGUUACUUCAUUCGGUCCUACGACACUCCUCCCAAGGUUGCUGUGCAGAUUUACAACCAGCUGCUGAAAGCCCAUCAAAAUGAGGGUAAGGCCCUAGUCACCCAAGCGCUGGAAGUUUUGGCACCUGUGCUACCUGUUCGAAUGGGAGCAAACGCUCCUGGGGACAAACGAUCACCGCAUUGGGCUCGGCUACCUCGAAAGAUUCUCAAUGAAGAGACUGGUAACUUACAGCAAGUGCAGAGCAUCUUCAACUUCAUAGUCCGCCAGCCUGAUCUCUUCUACGACUCCCGAGAGUUCUUCAUUCCGACGAUAAUACAAAUGCUUCACAAGAUCGCCCCUCCACCGAAUCCGUCCAACGAAAACAAGCGGCUCGCUUUGGCCUUGAUAUCGUUGAUCCAGCAAUGGGAAGUGCGGCGGACCUCUGCAAUCUCGCCCUCACAGCCCACGGCCGAGCUUACACCGUCCCGCAAACGAGAUUCGUCUGGGACUCCUGGCCUGGCGCCACCAGCAACAAGAGAAAAGUCCGAAUAUCUGAUACCUGUGGAACUUCGCACGCUUGUCGUCAAGUACAUGAUCACUUUCAUCACGUCCUUGCCCGAGCGAUAUCCGGUUCCUGCUGCAGACUUGAAAGCCAAGACGAUGCAAAAAGCUCAGCAGCAAUCAUUAUCCAACGACAUGUGCAGGAAUGCAGUGCAGCUUCUCCGCGAAUUAUUGGCACCAAAUCUCUGGGCGGACGUUGAUGUCGGUCUUUACGAGAAAUUGCUGGAACCCAUACUCAGUGGAGACAAGGCUGAUAAAGCCGACGAGAAACAGUUGACUUGCAUGAUCAAUGCUCUACAGGUCAUGCGAAUUCUCUUGAGCACCAAAUCGGACGAGUGGAUCAUCAAUCACAUGGAAAAGCUUCAGAAGUUACUUGAGAAGCCAUUGAAGAUGGAAGACCCAGAGAUACAAGACUCUCUACAUUUUGUCACCGAUGACAGCAAAUCUAUCCCGCUGGUACGCCGCGUCCUAGAAGCUAUUCCAAAGCAGAAGGGCGACGACGAAGAUGCUAUGGACCUGGAUUCGACUCCGACAGACUUUCCGACACGGUACUCCAAAGUCCUAAUUGGCGAGGCACUUUCGUCCGGCAACUACACCUCAGGGAUCAAUAACCUCUUCACGCUAUCUUUGGUGCGGCCCAGCGACGUCGACGACCACAUAAACGGGGCAAUGAAGGCCUUGCAGCAGAAGCUUGCCAAGGAUCACAUAAACGCCUAUGUGAUACCGCCAGGACCUCCUCCGCAAGGUUGGCGCCUUGGUGAACCGCUCAUGGAUCCUUAUGAGUUCGCUUUAGGAGUGGACCUCAUCAAGAAGACAAUCGACAUUCUCUCUUCGCGGAUGGGCGAACUCAACGAGCAGCGCCGACCAUUCUUGAGUGUGCUUGCUUCACUCGUGGAGAAGUCUUUCAAUGUUGAAAUGUGCAGCAAAGUUCUGGACAUGGUCGAAACAUGGGUCUUCAACUCGACUGAGCCCUGGCCUACGUUGAAAGAGAAAACUGCGGUGUUGCACAAGAUGCUCAUCUUCGAGAAGUGGCCCACACAGACACUCCUCGAGCGCUUUUUGGAACUCGUCAUCAAGAUCUACGAAGACUCUACAGUCACGAGAACAGAAUUGACAGUACGAUUAGAGCACGCUUUCCUGAUUGGUACACGCGCCAAAGACGUUGACAUGCGGAAUCGAUUUAUGAGUAUCUUCAAUCGCGCUUUGUCCAAAACUGCAAGUUAUCGGCUGAAUUACGUCUUGACCUUGCAGAAUUGGGAUACCCUGGCCGACUCAUUCUGGCUUAAGCAGGCCUCACACCUUAUCAUGGGUUCUGUGGAAAUGUCCAUGCCAGCUCGCCUCCACCCGGAAGAUGUUCGAGUCUGUCCCAUAUCUCAAAUGUUCAGUCCAUCCCUCGUCAACCCAGAACAAGGAAAGGAUGAUUUGCUCAUCGAGGACAGCCUCGAAUCCCUCGUGGUUGCUCAGCGUCGAUUCAACCAAGACUUGCAGGAAAUCAAAGUCCGCGAUCUUCUUGACCCCAUUACCCAGCUACAACAUGUCGAUGACAAUGUCGCUUACGACGUGUGGGUGAAGCUCUUCCCUCUGUGUUGGUCUGCACUCAACAAAGAUGAGCGCUUGGAUUUGGAGAAAGGCAUGGUCACACUUUUGACGAGAGAGUAUCAUCAGAGACAGCUCAAUCUGCGGCCCAAUGUGGUGCAAGCACUCCUUGAAGGGGCGGUUCGUGCCCGGCCGAGAUUUAAGGUGCCUCCGCACGUCAUGAAAUUUCUCAGUCGGACUUACGAUGCGUGGUAUACCGCUUUGAUCUCCUUGGAAGAGUCCACGGUCGAUCCUCUGAUCGAUACACCUCAAGUGCGGGAAAGCAAUCUUGACGCUUUAGUGGAAGUGUAUGCAGGGCUGCAGGAAGACGACUUGUUCUACGGCACCUGGCGACGCAGAUGCAAGUUCAUGGAGACCAAUGCAGCUCUAUCGUACGAACAGCAUGGGAUGUGGGACAAAGCACAACAACUAUGGGAGGCAGCCCAGGUAAAGGCCAGAACAGGUGUCGUCCCAUUUUCGCAAGGAGAAUAUUAUCUGUGGGAGGAUCAUUGGAUGAUUUGUGCACAGAAACUCCAGCAAUGGGACAUUCUCGGAGAAUUUGCGAAACAUGAGAACUUCAGUGACCUGCUGCUGGAAUCAGCAUGGAGGAAUUAUGAAGCUUGGUCCGGAGACGAAAACCGCAAUCAGUUGGAUUCGAUGAUCAAGUCUGUUUCCGAUGCUCCCACACCUAGGAGGACCUUCUUUCAAGCAUUCAUGGCUCUGCUCCGGUACAAUUCCAAGCAAGUGUCACGCGCCGAGUUCCAGCAUGUUUGCGAUGAAGCCAUCCAGCUGUCCAUUCGCAAGUGGCAUCAACUCCCGAGACGAAUUACCAAUGCUCAUGUGCCGAUACUGCAGAACUUUCAACAACUGGUCGAGUUGCACGACGCCAGCGUGAUAUGCGACAGUCUCAUGUCAACCAACGAGCGGAAUCUUGACACCAAGUCACAAGAAGUCAAGCUGUUGUUGCAAGCCUGGAGAGAUCGGCUUCCAAACAUCUGGGACGACAUCAAUGCAUGGCAGGAUCUCGUCACUUGGCGCCAGCAUGUCUUCCAGUUGGUCAAUUCGACAUACCUACCAUUGUUGCCUCAGGGCGGCAAUAAUGUAGGUAACAAUUCAUAUGCAUUCCGUGGUUACCACGAGACUGCCUGGAUCAUCAACAAAUUCGCACAUGUUGCCCGAAAACACCAAAUGCCAGAGGUCUGCAUUACUCAACUUGGGAAAAUCUACACCUUGCCGAACAUUGAGAUUCAAGAGGCGUUCUUGAAGCUGAGGGAGCAAGCCAAGUGCCACUAUCAGAACAAAGCUGAGCUGAACAACGGUCUUGAUGUCAUUAACAACACCAAUCUCAACUACUUCGGUGCUCAGCAAAAGGCCGAAUUCUAUACACUGAAAGGAAUGUUCUUGGCCAAGUUGCAACAUGCCGAAGAAGCAAACGAGGCAUUUGGUGUUGCCUUGUACUAUGAUCUUCGUUUGCCAAAGGCAUGGGCCGAAUGGGGUCAAUAUUCGGAUCGCAAGUUCAAAGAUAAUCCCACCAACAUCGAAGCCGCUAGCAAUGCAGUUAGUUGCUACCUCGAAGCUGCUGGGCUGCACAAGAGCGCCAAAUCACGCAAGAUGCUCAGCCGCGUUCUCUGGUUGCUCAGUCUUGAUGACGAAGACGGGCACAUUGCUAAGGCGUUCGAGGAUUUCAAGGGAGAGACUCCGGUGUGGUACUGGACCACAUUCGUACCACAGCUACUGGGCAGCCUUGAGCACAAGGAAGCGUCUUUGGCGAAGUCAGUGCUUGUCAAGAUAGCCAAGGCUUUCCCGCAAGCGCUGUUCUAUCACUUGAGAGCCACCAGAGAAGAGUUCUUGACCAAGAAGAAGCAGUUCGAGGCACAAAAGCGUCAACAGAAGGCGACUUAUGACAAAGUUGAAAAGGCAGAGACUGGCUCCAGACCAGGCACAGCUAAUGGUGAAACUCCCGUCGAGGUUGCUUCGUCUCCCAAGCCCAAGCAGGAGCCAAACGGCGACAGCCAAGCAAAUGGGACUGCGGAAGCUGAAACUAAAGAAGAAGAACCCAAGAAGCCAUGGGAUUACACUGAUGAGAUCAUGGCAGGCUUGAAGACUGCUUUCCCAUUACUUGCGCUCUCAAUGGAAACCAUGACAGACCAACUGUCCAAGCACUUCAAGUGUCCGCCCGACGAGGAUGCACAUCGACUUAUUGUUGCACUAUUGAACGACGGCUUAGCCUACAUCAGCAGAGCUCCGAUCACGUACGCAGAAGGCGCGAAAUUACCUCCUUCUACGGAAGCAAAUAUUGCCAGAUUUGUCACUUCGGUCCUACCUGCGCAUAUUCGGAAAUCCUUUGAAGCCGAUUUCGUACAGACCAAGCCGACCAUGUAUGAGUACAUUCACAAGUUGAGACGAUGGAGAGACAAGUUUGAACAGAAGCUUGACCACAGACAGCAAUGGGCGGCGCUUGAAUCGUACAGUCACCAUUUGAGCGAAUUCAAAUUCCUCAAAUUCGACGAUUCUGUCGAGGUACCAGGACAAUAUCAAGAGCACCGUGAUAAGAACACGGACUUUGUUCGCAUCGAACGAUUCAUGCCAACCGUUGAGCUCGUCCGAGGGAACAGUAUCUGCCACCGUCGACUCACUAUCCGUGGACAUGACGGCUCGUUACACCCAUUUGCUGUUCAACACCCCACGGGUGGCAAGGUGCGAAGAGAAGAACGAAUCGUGCAGCUUUUCCGGAUCUUCAACCAGACCUUGGCCAAGCGCAAGGAAGCUCGUCGUCGAAACUUGUACUUCCACCUGCCGAUAUUUGUGCCUAUCGCUCCAUAUAUCCGGUUGGUACAGGACGAGUCCUCUUAUGUCACCCUCCAAUCUGUCUAUGAGGACUAUGUGCGCAAAGCGCCGGGUAUGUCGCGAGACGAUCCAAUGCUGUUCUUGCUUGAGAAGUCACGCGCCAUCGCAGAGCAGCAAAAGACCCAACCGAGGACGACCGAUCAGUUGGCCGUGAUGAAGACGGAGAUCUUCAACACCAUUCAAGAACGCUGGGUCCCCAACAACAUUGCGCUACAAUACUUCCAGGCGACUUAUCCGAACUUUGCCGACUUGUGGCUCUUCCGACGCCAAUUUGCGUACCAAUAUGCCGCGACGACGUUCAUGACUUAUAUCAUGCAGAUGUCUGCUCGCUACCCAAUGAAGUUUUCGAUAUCUCGUUCCACGGGCGACAUCUGGGCAAGCGACAUGCUUCCUAACCUCAACUCCGCACGUGCAUACUUCUUCAACCCAGAAGCCGUUCCGUUCCGAUUGACUCCCAACAUUCAAGCACUGAUGGGACCUUUGGCGGUCGAAGGCAUCUUCACGGCCUCUCUCAUGGCCAUCGCCAGGUGCCUCGCCGAGCAAGAUCAGGGGUACGAGAUGGAGCAGCAAUUGAGCAUCUUUAUCCGAGAUGAAAUGUACAAUUGGGCUGCUGGCCGAUCUUCUUUGAGCAGCGAGAGCAAGAUGGAAGGGUCGAAUCUUCGCGAGCACGUUGCGCAGAACGCCGACUUUGUCGUCCGUCGGGCUCUGACGCUUGCAAAGACGCAGGGCAGCGUCGGCAGUUCGACUGAAGGAGGUGGUGUCACUGGUGUGUUGCCUGCUUGUCAGAAUGUGGUUGAUCUGGUCAGCCGCGCUACGGAUCCGAUGAAGUUGAGUGUCAUGGAUGGGUUGUGGAUGCCGUGGCUUUGAAGGCCUGGAAGGAUGAUGGGCUGGCACCGGAUUGGUCUCGUUGAGAUCUUUUAAGCAGGGUGAUGAGGAAAUGCGACAUGAUUGGAAGGGGUUUUGGGGUUGUCUCACGCGGACGGAGUUGCUUGAUGAUAUCGGAGCAAGGCUGCUUCAUGGAUUGAGAUCGAUAUCGCUUUUCUUUUCAUGCCAUGAUGGGAUGGUAUUCUUGUACGACAAAAGCCGGGUCUAUUUUCGAAAGCGGAUGGCGUUCGAGGCGUAUGGGCAUGCUGCAUAUUUGCUGCGCAUGCUUUUGCUUCUAAGUACCAAUAAGUACAGCAGCGUUUUCGUGUAGAAUAAGACAGUAGUUUAUCAUGAAGUUGUAUGUAAUAUGAACAUUCACAGACAUA